AUGCUGUAUACACAGAUAGCUAACCUGUUUCAGUGGGUGUCUGUCAGAAUAAGGGGAACGAGUAAUGAUAACAGAAUCUAUUUGAUAUCAAAUUUUGAUGUGAAUAGGGAAGACCAUGAAUUUUAUGUGAAGAAAGCACAAGAAAAACUAAAGGAUGAAGAUUUAAAUAUAGAUAUAAUAUAUGGAAAAAAGCAUAAAAAUGAAAUUAGAACUGCAAAGUAUAAGUUGUAUACCUUUCUUCCAUUAAUUGUCUUUUUUCAAUUUUUGCGAUUGGGAAAUUUGUAUUUUUUAUCAAUAUCCAUGUUGCAACUAAUUCCAGAAAUAACAGAUUCGAAAGGAAUGCCCACAUAUCUGAUUCCACUCAUUUUCAUUGUUGUUGUGGCUAUGAUAAAAGAAUUUUUUGAAGACUGGCAAAGACAUAAAUCAGAUAAUGAAGAAAAUAGUAAAAAAACUAUGGUGUUCCAAAAUGGAAUUCUAAAAGAAAAAAAAUGGGCUGAUGUGAAAGAUGGAGAUGUAGUUAAAAUAUUUUCUUAUGAAUAUUUUCCUGCGGAUUUAAUAAUUCUUAAUUCUUCUAAUAAAAAAGGUAUUGUUAACAUAGAAACCAAAAAUGUUGACGGAGAAUCCAAUGUUAAGCAAAAAUAUUGCCUUCCACAAAUUGUUAAAUAUUUCAUAGAUGAUCAACACGCUGGCUAUUGUAGAACUGAAUUGAUAAGUGAAAGUCCCAAUGAUAACAUAUUUGAUUACAAAGGGAACAUGCUCUUGCCCCCUCUGCAGUAUAAAAAUGAUAUGGGCCGAAUCGUGCACUUUUAUGAUACACACCGUGAGGGUAAGCCCAAAAGGAGGAAGAGAAAAAAAAAGACCCCCAAAGGUGCAGAAGAUGAGAGAAAUGACAAAGAUGAGAGAAGUGACAAAGAUGAGAGAAGUGACAAAGAUGAGAGAAGUGACAAAGAUGAGAGAAGUGACAAAGAUGAGGGAAGUAACAAAGAUGAAAGAAAUGACAAAGAUGAGAGAAGUGACAAAGAUGAGAGAAGUGACAAAGAUGACGAUGGCGGAGAGGACAACUUGAGCAGCUUCUCUAACAGCCCGAACCGAGAUGGCCGACUUAGUAAAGAUCAAGCGACAUAUGGGACACAGCUGAAAAGUAGAAGCAAAUGCAAGAAGAGACACGAGCAGUUCUCUCAACACAGGGUCGUACAAGUGAACAUAGACAAUGUAGUACUGAGGGGAACAUCCCUGGUAAACACAAAAUGGAUAUACGGAUUAGUAAUAAACACAGGAAACAGAACAAAGUUGAUGAAAAAUGCAUCCACAAAAUCAAGACAAAAAUGGUCAAGAUUGGAAUUUGUAUAUGGAAAUCAUGUAAUAGUUCUAAUAAUGUGUCAAAUUUUUAUAUCGUUCAUCGUUGCUAUAGCUGGUGUUCUAUGGAUGAGAAGAAAGGGAUAUAAAUUAUGGUAUUUAAAUUUAGGCCAUCAACCUGAUAGUGUCAAAACAUUUUUUAUUACUAUAGGUUCUAUGAUUCUAUUAUUUGGAUCAUUUAUACCUGUCGAUUUGUUAUUAAUAUGGGAAGUCGUAAGACUUUUACAAGGGUAUUUAAUCAAUUGGGACAACGAUAUGUACAGUGUAAAAACAGGAAGACAUGCUGUAAGUAAAGCUGGUCAACUGUUAGAAGAGAUGGGAAAUGUUACACAUAUUUAUUCAGAUAAAACUGGAACACUUACUCAAAAUGUUAUGCAACUUCAAAACAUUGGAUUGGGGAAUAAAGGUAUUUAUGGAUAUUAUGAUUUUUGUAAUAUUAUGGAAAAUAUGAAAAAACAAGGAUUUGGUAGUCAAAAUUUUUCUAAUCCAAUAUCUGUAGAAUGUUUACAAAGAUCACAAAAUUCUGAAAGUGAGGUCCAAGACAUACAUUCUAUAAAUGAUGAUGCUUACAUCACUCAUGAUAUUUGUGAUGUACAGGAAGAAAAUGGAAAUGAACAAAUCAAAGAAAAAAAUGUACACAAUAAGAUUAACUCUAGCUUCAAAAUGAACUUAGAUAAUGAUAAAUCGAGAAUACCAUAUGAAAUUCCUCGUCUCACAUGCUCCAAAACGUCUGCCAAUCCACAUGCUCAGAAAAAAAAUAUUAUGCAUCGAAAUAGUCUGAGUUCAAAUCAGAUGAUUUCGAAUAUAUACACAGAGGAAGACUUUAAAAGGGAAGAAAAUGAAUUCGUUUUCUUCAACCGAAUUCUUUUUGUGAACAAGAUAUACAGUAUCAGACAUGACGUGGAGGAUCAAGUGCAUUUCCUCCUCCUCGUGCUCAGCCUCUGUCAUAGUGCUAUGAUUCGUAAUGUGGACAUAGAUGAGAUGGACGACACUGCGCGGGGGGAUGAGGCGAUCUACAGGGCGAAUAUGGGGGGGUCCAACGGGGCGAAUAAGGGGGGGUUCAACGGUGCAACUAACGGUGCAACUAACGGUGCAACUAACGGGGCAACUAACGGGGCAACUAACGGGGCAACAAACGGGGCAACUAACGGUGCAACUAACGGAGCGACCAACGGGGGUUAUAACGGGGGUUAUAACGGGGGUUAUAACGGUGUGACGGAUGGACCAUAUGAUCUGGUCAAGGGUGCCGGAUCAGGUGAAAUAAACGAAGGCAAUGUUGACAAGAAAAAGAUAUACGAUCGAGAAACUCAGAUGAACUACACUUAUAUCACUGAAACACAACCACAAUAUGAUGCAAGUUCACCAGAUGAACUAGCGUUAAUCAGCACAGCGCUUUACCUUGGGUGUGAAUUUGUAAGCAGACCCAAUCUGACGACUAUUGAAAUUGAAUUGACUUCAACAUUUGCACAAAGAUUUAUAUUAGGAGAAAAAUCAUUCAAUGACUUUGUGCAAAAGAAAGCUUACUAUGAAGAGAAUUUCGAUAUGUACUUUUCAGAAAAAAACAAAAAAAAAAAAGACACAGAAUUUGAUGAGCAGAUUACAAAAAGGAGCAGCAACAACCAUGUUAUUAACAAUUUAAAAGAGGAAUGUGCCAACUUUCAUAUGUCCAUACCUAUUAAAAACAUUUUUACACCAAAUAAAAUGAACAUACAGAAGGAAAAAAAACAAAACAAAAAUGUUAUAGUUCCAUUAUUAUCAUACGAAAUUUUAGACGUCUUUGCAUUUGAUAAUGUAAGAAAACGAAUGUCAUUAAUUGUCAAAAAUGAAAAAAAAGAAAUCUAUAUGCUAGUUAAAGGAGCAGAUACUAGUGUUUUAAAACUAGCAUCAAACAACCAAGAACAUACAGUAGAUCACGUUGUAUAUCAACUCAACGCUUUUGCAACAUCUGGAUUGAGAACCUUAGUCUUGGGAUAUAAACACAUGACAGAGGAAGAAUUUAUCGAUAUGUAUCAUAAGCAUGUAGAAGCAAGAAAUAAAUCAGAAUUGUAUAGGGACGAUGAAAAAUAUUUGCAACAAUUUUAUGAUGAAGCUGAAAAUAAUCUCACAAUUAUUGGAUGCACAGGAAUUGAUGACAAGCUGCAGGAUGAAGUUCCACAGGUCAUACAAGACCUCAGAGACGCAGGGAUAACAAUAUGUGUAUUAACUGGAGAUAAGCUAGAAACAGCCAUAAAUAUUGGUCAUUCUAUAAACAUCUUGAAUAAAGAAACGUACAAUGCUGUUUUUACAGAAACGGACCCGACAGUGUUGUUGGAGCAAAUAAAUAUCCAUGAGAAAAAUACCAACGCUGCAAAUUUGUUGAAUAUAGACCAUGGUACCAAAUGGUGGAAUAGUGUAAACUGGGAAAAUUUAAAUUUAGAUUUAAGAUCUGAAACAAUUUUAAAUUUUAUGAAAACCAAUUUUUACGGUUCUAUGAAAAAGAGCAUCAUAUCUUCUUCCAAUGUGUACAAUUUCAAAAGUGAAAAUUCAAUACCUGAACUAGCGAAACAGGAAAAAAUAUUUAAUUCCUUUUUAGAAUCUAGUGAAUCAUUCACCAAUAAUUGUAACGAAUUAGACAAAGCAAAAAUAAAGGAAAAAUCACACUAUUCGCAAUUCUCUAUAACAGUAACUGGAGCAGCAUUGGAUGAAAUUAUGAAAAAUAAAAUUCUCAAAAUCAAAUUUUACACGCUAGCUAGAAGUGCAUCUACACUUAUUGCAUGUAGAGUAACCCCAAAGCAAAAGUCUCUUUUGGUUAAAGAAUAUUCUGCAUUCAAUCCACGGGGUACAUCAUUAGCUAUAGGAGAUGGGGCAAACGAUGUUGGUAUGAUACUGACAGCCAAUGUUGGUGUAGGAAUAGCAGGCAAGGAAGGGCUACAAGCAGCUAGAUCUUCAGAUUUUACCAUAAGCGAAUUUAAAUAUUUAAAAAAAUUAUUAUUUGUUCAUGGAAGAGAAUCAUUAAGAAGAAACUCCUUCUUAGUCUAUUUCUGCAUUUUUAGAAAUGUCAGCUUUUGCUUAUGCUCUAUGGUUUUGAAUUUCUGGACAGGUUAUAGUGCCAUAGAUGCAUGGAACCCGUGGACGAAGCAAAUUAUCAACAUAGCUUUCACAUCAUUACCUGUUAUAUUUUUCGUAGCGCUGGACAAACAAUUACCACAUCAGAUUCUUUUAAAGAAUCCGUUACUCUAUGAAACAUCACCAUCUACAUUAUGGCCUCUAUAUUCAAAUAAAAAAAUAGAAUUUUACACACAAAAAAUAAAAAAAUUAUACAAGAAUAUUUUCAGCUGUUGUCUCAUUCCAUUUAAACUUAUUCCUUUUUUUCAAAAAUUAGCUAAUAAAAUGAAAUCAUGGAUAGGAAAAAGAUCAAAACCAGAAAAAUAUAGAGCUUAUGGCACACAUUAUUUGUUCGUAUAUUUAUUAUUUGCCAUUUGGCUAGCUACAGUAGAAACGGUCAUUAUAUUACAUUUUUCCACUGGACAGUCUCCCUCACUAUUCCAAGACAAUCACAAUAUAGAUAUCGAUUUUAAUACAUUUUCACAAAUACUUUAUACGCAUCAUGUUAUAGCAGUAAAUGCAGUAAUUGUAUUGUUAACAAAUACAUGGUUCGUUAUUUCACAUAUUGUCUUAUGGAUUGAAAUUAUUGCAACAUUCUUUUUUUGGUUUAUAUUAAGUAAUACCAAGUUUUUUUUAGAUAUCAUAGGUGCUGAUGAAUUACAUGGUACAUUUGAAAAAGCUCAUUCUUCAGGAAAUUUUUAUCUCUCCUUAUUAGCCUCAGUAUAUAUAUCUCUACUACCUCUAAUAGUUCUUAUGACAUAUCAAUUUAUGAAAAAGCCAACUAUGGAACAGAUCGUUUUAGAACAACUUAAGUUGGGAAAAUUUGAAGGGUUAAGGAAAUAUGAAAUUAAGAAACUUGCGUACAUUGACAGUAAAAAUAGUUUUAAUGCCUUUUCACACAAAGGAUUUGCUUUUGCAGUAGAGGCAAAGGAGGCAUUCUGGGGAUUAGUACAAAAAGCUAUUUAUAAAAUUAAAAUUCCACUUGCAAAGGAGGAAAUGACAUCUCUAAAAAUGAAGAAAAAGAAUUAA